GUAACUUUCGUUUUCUAUUCCUAAGCCGACGCAGCCGAGACACAGCAGCAGUACGAACUUGGAGCGCAUCUCCAUCACGUAAACGAUGAACAGCAGUAAUGAUGAAUCGGGUGGAAACUCUGACGAGACAUUCUCAGAGAAGGGAAUGCCUCUGUCACUCAAUGAUGAAGAACUUAAAAAAGCAGAAGAACAGCUGGAAUUGUGGAAGUCCCGAUAUGAGAAAUGUGACACAGAAAAAUCAAGACUGCUGCUAGAUAAGCUAUCUACUGAAGACAGUAAAAGGAAAUCCCAAGAAGAGCUGUGUCGACUUCUUGAAGAAAAAGAGCGUCUCUCAAAAGUUAUAACUGCAGAUAAGAAUAACUACAAGAAAGAGCUGCAAAACAUAACAGAAGAGAACAAUAAAAUAAAACGGCAAAAUCAGGAGCUCAGAGAAAAUCUUACAUUACAAAACACAGAAUACAGCCACUUACAACAAAUGUUCAUGAUAGAGGCUGAGAUUCCAGAGAAAAAAGUCAAGUUUACAAAAGUCGAAAAAGAGAUUGCAGCAAACAGACUGGAAGAUGCUUGUAUGCGCAUUGAUGCCCAGUUCUCCCUUCAUCAGAAACCUGCUGUUGAAAUUCAGGGAGGGCAAGCUCUUAUUACAUUUGAAGAAGAAAGUGUUGCUCAGAAAAUCUUGAAACUUCCUAAAUGUGUACUGACUCUCCCAAGUGGCAAAGUGGAUGUGAAGCCCUCCUCUGUUUCAAUAAACUCUGCAGUAAAAUUUGAGAUAAACUACAUUAUUUCACGGAAGCAGCUAGUAGUCUGUGAUAUUCCUUGUGUCCUUGAAGAUGACAGAAUGAAAGACAAAAUAGAGAUAAGCUUCUCAAAACCCAGCCAGGGAGGAGGAGAAAUUGAAAAUGUGAAUUACAACAAACAAGAUGGAAUGGCUGUCAUUACCUUUCUGCAAACUGGAGUUGCUGAGCGCUUAGCCAAGAAAAGAAAAUAUACCUUGGAUUUAGGAACAAGGGUUUGUUCAGUUCCUGUCCACUUGCACAACGAUAAGCAAAUAAAAAAGUUUCAGGCAUUUGGUGUUAAAUCCAAAAGGACAGUGCUGCUAUCUGGUAUUAACAAUCUAAUGGAUGACGAAGAAUUACAAGACUGUUUAGAAAUUUAUUUUCAGAAGCCCAUCAAUUCAGGUGGAGAAGUUCAGAACAUCAAAUAUGUGUCAAAAGGCAAUAGUCUUUAUGCCUUCUUUGAAGAAGAUAUUGUUGAAAAGGAACAAAAAUGAGAUUAAAGUGCAUUAUUAAUUUAAUUUCAUUUAUAUUCAAGUGGUAGAUUUUAAAUUUUGGAUAUGUUGUUAAGCAAAUACAAUAGAACCUCAUCUUAUAUGAUUAUGUCAUCUUAUGUGACAUUUCAAAGCUUUGUGUAUAGUGGAAAUUCACAGCCAAAUGUAUACAUAGACAACCCUUUACAUUGCCCCUAAAAUAAUAAAAAUGGUUUAACCUGCA